GUUUGCAUUACAAACAUGUGGUUUUGAUGGCUGUACGUGUGUAUCCACCAAGUUACUACCAUCUGUCCUCUGUUCCUACGCUUCAGAGGUUGUAAAUUACUUAAUUUCCCAACCCAACCCCAAAAAAACAAAACUUGCAGGGGAAAAAAAUGUUGGCUUGUCAUCGGGAAGUGAUCGAUCUCCUUGUGCUUUUAGACUGCAGCAUUACUAAACAGAGAGAGGGAAUUCAUUUAUUGAGAGGGUAAACAAAUAUUAUAAAAAAAAAAAGUUUUGGAGUGUUUGCUGAGUUUCAUAAUUUUGAGGACCGUUUUCAUGGAUUCAACAAGGAAACCGGAUCUCCGCUCCGCUCAGGUGACUCAAAGCAGAGCCUCCAGCCCCUGAACGACCUUGAAAGGAGAGAGAAGAAAAGAAGACAACUUCGGUGGGGAUUGAGAGAGGGGGGGGGGUGGAGAACGAAAUCAGACUGGGAAAUAAGUGGAAAAACCAACUUGAAACUUUGGAAAUAAAACAAAACCGGCAGACCGGACUGAAUAUCAACUGGAAAGAAAACACAGCAGCUGAUUACAAAGACAAGCACACAGAGGCAAAGAAAGACUCCGAUCAGCACCUGACUGCAUUUAGGCAAAUCAAGGCAUUCUCCGAGAACCUGUACUGUGACUGACUCACAAACUGACAUUGACGUGUAUAAAGUAAUCAUAAUUCUAAUACUAUAGAUGCAUUCUGGAAUCCCGGAUAUAUUCUUUACAUCUGCUCUUCUGAAAUAGGUGUAGCUGGUAGCCACAAACUGACAAGCAAUAGGUUUCAACUGUUUUUAAAGGCAGCCAGAUUGAUUACGAGGCAGACCGACAGAAAUAAUUCAUUUAUAAACAUACGAAUGAAAAAUAACACAUUUUAAAAUAAUUAGAUACUCUUAGAGAUUAUUUCAAACGUAUUGAAAUUAGGUAUACAACAAAAAAAAUAUACGAUUUAUACAUGCAGAGAGAAACACUGUACCUUUAUAACUGAAUAUCAAAAAGGCAAAUUAAUAGGAUUGGUUAAAGAAGGAAAGAGAGACUUCAUUGAAAAACAAUUUUUGAUCCAGUGACGCACGUACGCACACCCCUCAGUUUGAAGAUUGUCUCGGAGGUGAGCGCUACCCGUUACAGCUGCCCCCUCAAGGCGACACACAGAUGCUCCACGUGGACAGAGUGUGAAUCCGGACAGCCUGGUACAAGUCCAGACGAGUUUGUUGGCUCCCGGCCCGCUUGAGGUCUGAAAUACCGAACUGAGACCGAAGAAGCGCGACGCAGAGAGACGCGGGCGAGACCAGACUAGACACAGGAACAGCAGAGAUGCCAAUUCUCAAGCCUUCUCGCUGCCACAGCGACGGAGUGGGUGGGGCUACCUCCUACCGCCGCCCCCGAUUGGACCCCACCAUGAUCUCUGCCCCCUUGGGAGACUUCAGACACACCAUGCAUGUGGGGAGGGGCGGAGACGCCUUCGGGGACACCUCCUUCCUGUCCAAUCACGGGCCGGCACCCCAGUCCAGACCCCCUGUGUCAGACCCCGCCCACCAGCCGGGCAAAGCUGCCAUGACAACGACGACCAACAACAACGACAGAGAUAACAAUGGGAACAGUUACGGUCCCACCACACCCAGCAUUGCCGCUGGAAGCUACCCAGCCUCUAUGGAAGCUGGGAGGGCUGUUGACUCACCCAGUAUGGCUGCCAGUGGAUACAGCAAUGGCCCCUCCCACCCUCCUCUCAAACACUCCGAGUCCAUUUCAUCCUUUAGCCUCGACUUGGAUCUGGGGCCCUCCAUGUUAGGGGAAGUUUUAGGGGUGAUGGAACGAGAUGACCAAGUCGACACAUGGGCGGGGCUUAUCAGCAAAGAGGCGGGGCUCGAACCAGGUGGUAAAACGAAAUGGGAAGGAUCUGGGGGAAAGAGGGAGGAAGGGAAUGGGGAAGGGGAGAGGUCAAGAGCAGAGAUCGGGUCAGUCCGAGAAGCUGAUUCGGCGAACGGAAUUCCCAGCUCCCAAGACGACACCCCUUGUGAAAGCCAAGACCACACCCCCAGGAACGGAAGCCGCGCCUCUUCGGGGAGCUCAGAGUAUGAAGGGGUGAGUGAGGGAGAGAGGGAGAGAGAGAGGCAGCGCAAGCCUGGAGAGGGUGGAAUGCUGAGAGCUAGUUUGCAAAAGAAGCCCCCUCUGGAUCUAUCAGAGUCGGAGGAGGAGGAAGAGGAUGGGCGGGGUUACGUCUUCGAAGAUGAUUUUGACGAUGAGAUCGGCCUAUAGGAGAGCUGCUUUUGUUUCUGUUGUUUUUAGCAGUGGGCGGGUUUAAAGAAAAUACAAAAUCUGAAACUGUGGACUCUCAGAGUUGUCAACCCUUGUAUUUUUUUUUCUGUGCUUUCUGACCAUUUUUCAACGGCAUUUCUGGACUAAUAAUUAAGGUUGCAUGGUGGGGGUGUGUGGCUACUUUACCUCUGCAACCAUCGUCUUCCCAUGUGAGACCACCUUAUUGGAAACUAGGCUGACUUUUUUAAAGUCCUCUGCAGCCAUCAUCUUCCCACAGUGGUCAUUCCAACGUUCAAGAAUAUUUCACUGUUGUUAUUGUCGUCAGUCAUCCUGAAAUACAGAAGUCAAGUAAAACUUUGUAUAAAGACUUUGUUCCUAUUGACAACAAUGUAAAGCCACCUUCAAUAGUAAGACUAUCCCCUGGGUUCAGUAAUAAGACCACCCCCUCUAUUCAUUAAGGACACCCCCUGUAUUCAAUAUUAAGAUGUGAGGAAGGCUGUUUUUCACCUCCUUUUGUUAGGAAUAUAAGAAACCACAUUUGUUUCUAAUUAAAUCCUUUUUAUAUA